AUGCAGUCCAAUUACCCACUAAAAGUAGCAAAGAUUAUCCCCACAAUAAGCCUUUUGAUUCUUCCUGCAGCCGUGUAUGCACCUUGCUGUAACUUUUUACCAUGCCAAAGUUUUGGACCUUACCAGUUCCCUUCUUUGCUAAAUAUAAGCACUGCACCUCCCAACUCUGGGCUAAAUAUCUUGGUGUCCAUUAGAAUGACAUCUUCAGUAACGUCUUCUUUCGAAAGACCCCCAAAGCUACUACUUCCUCCAAUGCAGCAAAGACAGGAGAUCCCUUCGUUGAGAAAUCUCAAUCUCCCCACACCAUUCGUUCCAAACUACCACCUCCCCCCAAUGACCGCCCCAGACCAAAUGCCUCCAUCUCCAUAUGGACGGAUGUCUGUUCCCAACUCCUCGCACUACUACUCGCCGCCAAUGUCCAAAUACCCUUCCUUCCCGCUCCCAUUGAAGGUUCAGUCUCCCCAGAUUCCGCAGGUCCCUCAUCCGCCUCACCAGGUGGGCGGGCCUUCCCAUCUCCCGGCCCCAACUCCGUUCCGCUCUCAAUCGCUCAGCAUCGACGGUGAGAUUUCCUAUCCCUCGCAAAGACCAAAAGACCACCCUUCUCCAUCAACAGAGACCAACAAGCGCAAAAGAAGAAAGGCCCACGAGGUCCAGAGACUGUACAAGUGCAACCACGAAUCCUGUCAAAAGGCGUACGGCACGCUAAACCACCUCAACUCGCACAUCAUGCUGCAGAAACACGGACAGAAACGGUCUCCUUCGGAAUUCAAGGACCUACGAGAGGAGCUGAAGCGUAAACGCAAGCUGGAACGGGCCAGCUCGCGCUCCAACCUCGAACGCGAGGGUCAAAGCUCGGUCGGCUCGCAGGACCAGUACCAGCAAGCCGAUCAUUUCAAACAGCCAACCUCAAGAACAUCCAGCUACGACAACUCGCUGUCAAAAGACCAAUAUUACCAUCUAAAUAUGCUACCCCCAUUACAACGCCAGAACUUCCCACCUAUGCAAUCGCAGCCGCGGCUCUAUUGA